CUGUGAAGAUCCCUGGAGACAAUGACCAAGAAAAGAAUUGCCGUGAUUGGGGGAGGCGUGAGCGGGCUGGUAUCCAUCAAGUGCUGCCUGGAAGAAGGCUUGGAGCCUGUCUGCUUUGAAAGGACUGAUGACAUCGGGGGGCUCUGGAGGUUCCAGGAAAAUCGUGAAGAAGGAAGGGCCAGUAUCUACAAAUCAGUGAUUGUGACUACUUCAAAGGAGAUUAUGUGCUUCAGCGACUAUCCGAUCCCCGCUCAUUUUCCUAACUUCAUGCACAACUCCCAAGUGCUGGAGUAUUUCCGGAUGUACGCCAAAGAAUUUGACCUUGGAAAGUAUAUUCGAUUCAAGACCACUGUGUGCAGUGUGAAGAAGCAGCCUGAUUUCCCCACUUCAGGCCAAUGGGAGGUGGUCACGGAAUCUGAAGGGAAAAAGGAGGUGACUGUCUUCGAUGGGGUCAUGGUUUGCACUGGCCACCACACCAAUGCUCACUUACCCUUGGAGAGCUUCCCUGGAAUUGAGAAGUUCAAAGGACAGUACUUCCAUAGUCGAGACUAUAAGAAUCCAGAGAGUUUCAGUGGAAAGAGAGUCAUUGUCAUUGGCAUUGGGAACUCUGGAGGGGAUCUGGCCGUGGAGAUUAGCCACACAGCCAAGCAGGUUUUCCUCAGCAUCAGGAGAGGGUCUUGGAUCAUGAAUCGUGUAGGAGACCAUGGAUAUCCUUUUGAUGUGUUGUUGUUUUCUCGAUUUAAACAUUUUCUGAGGAAGAUUGUUUCUCAAUCACUAUUAAACACGUAUUUGGAAAGACAGAUGAACCAAAGGUUUAACCACGAAAUGUAUGGCCUAAAGCCUAAACACAGAGCCCUGAGUCAGCAUCCAACAGUCAAUGAUGACCUGCCAAAUCGUAUAAUUUCUGGCAUGGUGAAGGUGAAAGGAAAUGUGAAGGAAUUCACAGAGACAGCCGCCAUAUUUGAAGACGGCUCCAGAGAGGAUAACAUUGAUGCUGUUAUCUUUGCAACAGGCUAUACCUUUGCCUUUCCUUUUCUUGAAGAUUCUGUCAAAGUAGUCAAAAACAAGGUAUCCCUGUAUAAAACGGUCUUCCCUCCUAACCUGGAAAAGCCAACUCUUGCAAUCAUAGGCUUAAUCCAGCCCUUGGGUGCCACUAUGCCCAUUUCAGAGAUUCAAGGACGCUGGGUCACUCAAGUAUUCAAAGGGCUGAAGACAUUACCCUCACAAAGUGAAAUGUUAAGAGAUAUAACUGAGGCUCAAGAGAAAAUGGACAAAAGGUAUGUGGAGAGCCAACGCCACACCAUUCAGGUCGACUUUAUAGAUAUCAUGGAUGAGCUUGCUGACCUGAUGGGUGUCAGGCCCAACCUGCUGUCUCUGGCCUUCACCGACCCCAAGCUGGCAUUACAAUUAUUAUUGGGACCCUACACUCCAAUCCAGUAUCGUCUACAGGGCCCGGGAAAGUGGGAUGGAGCCCGAAAAGCCAUCCUCACCAUACACGAGCGUAUCAGGAAGCCUAUGAUGACCAGACAAGUUGAAAGCAGUGGUUCCAUGACUUCAGCAUUAACGAUGGCCUGGUUCAUGCUCGCUGUUGUUUUCUUUGCCAUAAUUAUAACCUAUUUUUAGCAGUUCCAGUGUCGUUGCCCCGGUUUUCUUUGGGGCGCUGGAUCGAGAGAUGCCUUCAGACAACUCUCAGCUUCACAUUGCCCAGAAAUCUACCUUUAUUUCUCUUUCCAAAGCAUUAAUCCUCUUUUCUCUGUUCCCUACAAUGAAAUCCCAGCUUUUCAUUCAAAAUGGAUUAAAGAUUUGAACAUAAGACCUGAAAGCAUAAAACUCCUAGAAGAAAACAUAGGGGAUAAAUUCCUUGACAUAGGUCUUGGUGAUGAUUUUUUGGAUGUGACACCAAAAGCAAAGGCCAACAAAAGCAAAAAUAAACAGGUGGGACUACAUCAAACUAAAAAGCUUCUGCACAGCAAAGGAAACCAUUAUACAUCAUUGGUUAAGAGAUCUUGCUUCUUUGCCUAGACACUCCUCAGUUUAAGGAAAAAACCGAAAAACUCGGUAGGUAGUAAGGAGAAGCAAUCAAUCCUUCCUACAGAAUCAAGUUACUUGUGUCCUAUGUCUAAACAUGCAACACACAUGUUUACUGUGGACUGACUUCCAAGUGCUAUUAGAGUCCAACAGUGUCAUCGACAAUCCCCUGACUAGAAAAUGAACACUCUGAGAAGUCCUAAAUUAAAUUAUAGCAGGUCGGAGGGUAGAAGAAAGAGACAAGAGAGGUUAAUCAGUUAACAACUGCGGCAAAAUCAUCGAAAGACUUGCUCGCAUUUCUGAAUGAAUGUUACAACUCUGAGUUAACUUCCAGGUAGCUAUUGCACAGUUAUCUAAAGAGAAGAGCCAGUAGCUGGCCACCAGCACAAGUGACCACCAGUGCCUCCAUUACCUUGCUACGCAUGACCUUUCCAGACUGUUGCCCACAACCGGUCCUCAAGAACAAACGCUUCUUCCUUACAGACUAUGCACCUAUCCCAGAACCAGCCCCUCUUCACUUUUUCACACGCCCUUUAUCCAUAGCCAGUGCCAAUUCUUUCAAAACAACUUUCAUCUUCCUUCUCCAAACCUGAGAUAUGAAGGAUCCGUCAAUGCCAGGAGUGCGUAGCCCUGCCACUGCUGGUGCAGACGGCGCGCCCCAGGACCCUGUCCUUUUCUGGCUGGCAUCUGGCUCAAUAAACCCUUUCUUUCAGAAAA